UCUAUGCUCAGCAGUUACAUCACUCCAUAGUGGAUUCUUUUUCGCUCAAAGGACGAAUAAAAUCGUUUUGUGGUUUUCCGUGGCUGCACAAAUAGCGGUACAUCUGAGUACAGGAUUUUGACCUCAUUUUGCCGUGGCCAGUGGCUCGUUAAUAUUCAUGAGAUACACGCCGCCAUGUUCUGAGUUAUUUUGAAGUUGUAAUCGUCCACGUUCAAUGUUCUGCAAGUUUUUCUCUCGUUUUGAGUGGACUAACUGCGAAAACGUUGCCAUCAAGGGAUAAACUGUUGCCUCUAGAUGGACAAUACGUCCAUCAUUACACAAGUAACUCGGGAUGAGGAGCCUCUCAGCACAUUUCCUACAUCGGAAAAAGGCUCGACCACAAUAGCGAAAAAGCCACGAGGGCAUCGUUUUUUAAACUCCCUGUUGUGUUGUUUACGGAAGAAGAACAACAACAACAACACCCCUGUGCCUCCUGCUCCCGAGGAAAAUGGAACCGUGGGAAAUACCGGGGAGAAGUACCUCCUUCCUCCUGUUUUACAUCAGGACAUGACCAAAAAAUGUGUGGUCAUAGACCUUGAUGAAACUUUGGUACAUAGCUCAUUCAAGCCUAUCAGUAACGCAGACUUCAUAGUUCCUGUGGAAAUAGACAGUACUAUACAUCAGGUGUAUGUCUUAAAGAGGCCUUAUGUAGAUGAGUUCUUGGAGAAAAUGGGCGAGCUAUUUGAGUGUGUACUUUUCACAGCCAGUUUAGCAAAGUAUGCUGACCCAGUUGCUGACCUCCUGGACAAAUGGGGUGUUUUUCGAACCCGGUUGUUCCGAGAGUCCUGCGUCUUUCAUAGGGGAAAUUAUGUGAAGGAUUUAAGUCGGUUAGGCCGGGAUUUAGGUCAAGUGGUCAUUGUAGAUAAUUCUCCAGCCUCCUAUAUCUUCCAUCCGCAAAACGCUGUCCCGGUGGCAUCGUGGUUUGACGAUAUGUCCGACACAGAGUUACUCGACCUUUUACCAUUCUUUGAAAACCUGUCGAAAGUGGACAAUGUGUACACUGUGCUCAAAAACGCGAACACGACGAAUGCAGGGACGUAACAGCUUACCCGCUAUCUCCUCGUAUUUCAGCGGGGUUCUGUGCUCGGACUCUCUCUUGAGGUUUUGUACCCCGCAGGCAUUAUGCAAACGAUUACCCAUAGUUCUUUGAUUAGAGCUGUACCCAUUAUGUCGUGGCACCAUGGAGAAUAUAUAUAUACAUAUAUAUAUAUGCACGCACAUAUGUAUAUAUACAUGUACAUUCAUGUAUGUAUGUAUAUAAAUGCUAUUUAUGUAUGUAUAUAUGUGUUACAAUGGGAUGUGCGUCUGUUUACAUGUGCGUGUGCUCGUCUGUGUGCCUAUAGCACAAUGUUUUAACCGGCGCACAAGUCAACCCUGGCCCUUGCAACUUCAUCGGUUUUAUGGAAGGAGUAGGAUUUUUAAACGAGUUGUGUAGACCUGUACAUUGAAGAGGGGCGGGUGCAAGCACAUGAGUGAAGGGAGAUAACUCUGUGCAUGCUGGAAGGUGAGCCCUGCUGAUUUAUCUGUAUUGUUUUACGGGUCCUAAACUUUUCGUCAUAGGCACAGGGAAAGAGAGAGAUGGACAGAAAGAAAUCACCAUGAUGUGAUGGAUUUUGGUACGGUUGUGAGGAUACUAGGGAAAAUUCUGGAAUGGGGAAAAAAACAAAAACUGUGCGAACUGAUCCAAACUUUGAUGAAAAUUAUUAUUCUUGUAAUAUAAAUUUCAAAAGUGUAAAGUUUUAGGAUUACAAAAUUGGCACCAGUAUGCUUCCCUGCUGACUGCCUUCAAGUGGACUCAAAAACCACCAACCGUGAUGAUGAUGGAACACUCCAAUGGAAGAUGCAAUAAUCAAAGAAUGCACCUGUUACCUGUUUCUUUAGAGAGUUAUUUUGUUUCUUUUUCUUUUGUUAAGAAAGAUGUUAUUGUUUUUGAGGUCUUCUGGUUAUGCGAUUGUCAUUUAAAUUGUUUCUAAAAAACUUGCACUUGCACGAAGUCAGAGAAUGAAAUUAUGAUUUUGUAAUCUUUGCUUAACCUAAAUUAGGGCAAGGUAAUUUGGUGUUUAAUUAUAACAGUGAGACUUUGUCAGUGUAAAGACCUGCUUACCCAUUGUUUAGGCUGUAGCUGUAAUUGACCCUCCCUAUGUCACUCUUGUGGAGUGUUUCUUCUUUGGAUUUAUUUUUGUGUGUGUGGACAGACUGUUGAAAGCUGCCAUUUCUUCUUGACACAGGCAUUAUUCGAAGAAACUAACUAUUUUGUGAUCUAUUGUUUUCCGUGAUAAUUCAGGGGAUUUUGUA